GAGAGUGUGUCCGCACUGUAUGUGCUGCAGCUCGGCCAGGACACCAGCUCCAGUGCACCUGACCGGCUGAUAACCUGAAACAACACAGAUUUUCUCCUCUGAAAAGUAUCGACCACUAACUUCAACGGUGUCGGAGCGCCAUACGUGUCCCGGCGAGCCCUCUCAUCCCCCGCUCCAUGGCCAUCGCCAGCCCUUUCCCCCUGGGAGGUAACCUUCAAAGGCUCUGCUCAGCACGAUGGAUGACCAGCUGAGUGAUGGAGAUGGACUGAAUCAAAGGACGAGCUCCCUUCAUUGAGACCAGAUGAAGGGACACCUUCAGACUUCCUGCAGUGAGGGGACAGACCCUGCAGCAGUUUGAUGUUCGUCAUUGACGCACCUAAAAUAAAAUAAUUUUAAAGAAGAGACGCUACUAACCAGAUAAAUAUUUAGUUUUUGUACUGUCAGCAUGAGCUCAUGUGCUGACUUUUUCUCCCUGCGAUGCUUGUUAUGAGUUGUCCAUCCACAACCAAUGAGCCAGAGAGCUGCUGCAGCGAGGGAAGCAGCUGCCCCGCCUCCUCCAUCACCACCUCUGACCCCUCCUCUAUGUCCGGACACACUAACACCACCCUACCUUCCCUCAGCGACGACCCUGACACCUCUAAACAUGAAUCUCCCCCUCCUCCUCCCCGGCCGCCCCCACCUCCAGGGGCACCUCCGCCCCCUCCUCCACCACCAACGACCACCACCCACAACGCCAGGAAGAAGCGGCGCGUCCGCAGCUUCUUCUGGAAGCCGAUACCGGAGGAGAAGGUCCGCGGGAAGCCCAACAUCUGGACCAUGUCGGUGCGGCAGCAGCAGUACCAGAUCGAUGUCCGCUCGGUGGAGGAGCUCUUCGGGCAGCAGGAAGAGGCGAUGGCGGGCGUACGGGGGGCCACGCUGGCUGCUGGAGCCUCAACCGGGGUCUCCAGGUCCCGUUCCUUCAAGGAGAGCAGCAAGGACGAGAUUAGCAUCCUUGACUCCAAAAGAGGGAUGAAUGUGGGCAUUUUCCUGAAGCAGUUCAAGAGAUCCAACCGCUCAAUUGUUGAAGACAUACUAAAAGGAGAAGGAAAGACUUAUGGAGCGGAGCUGCUCAAAGACCUGCUGAAGCUCCUGCCUGACGUAGAGGAGAUUAAGAAACUCCAGGCGUAUAAAGGAGACCCAGACAAGCUGACACUGGUUGAUUCCUUUAUGUUCCUCCUGAUCCAGGUGCCUCAGUUUGUGGUUCGGAUCGAGGCCAUUGUCCUCCGCGAGGAGUUCUUCCCUUCCUGUGCUGUAAUGAGCCGUGAGAUCGAUGUCAUCCGCGUCGCCACUAAAGAGCUGAUGAGCUGUGAGGAGCUGCAUGCCAUUCUGCAUCUGGUGCUGCAGGCCGGAAACAUCAUGAAUGCUGGCGGCUAUGCAGGAAAUGCUGUUGGCUUCAAGCUGUCAUCUCUCCUCUCAUUGGCCGACACCAAGGCCAACAAACCGGGGAUGAACCUGCUGCACUUUGUCGCCAUGGAAGCCAAGAAAAAGGACGAGGAGCUGCUCAAAUUCCCAGAGAAACUCCAGGAUGUCCAGAGUGCAGCCAGAAUCUCAGUGGAAAACAUUGAGGUGGAGUUUUCCUCCUUAUACGUUCGGAUUAAAUCUCUAGAGGAGAAGGUUCAAGGGGACGCGGAGCUACUGCAGCAGCUGGAGCCCUUUCUGCAGAGUUCAGCGCAGACGCUGCAGGACCUGAAGAGGCGCAGGCUGGAUCUGCGGAAAGAGGGGAACGCUCUCAUCGACUUCUUCUGUGAAGACAAGGACACCUUCAAGCUGGACGAGGGCUUCCGCAUCUUUCAAGACUUCUGCUUCAAGUUCAAGAAAGCUGUCAAGGACAAUGCGGACCGUGAGUUGAAGGAAGCAGCCAGACAGCGUCGCCUGCGGGAGUUGGAGGAGAAGCGCUUCGCUUGGUCGGAUGCAGAUCAGAGUGGGGGGUUUGGUCGCAGCAACAGUGAGAACGACGUGGAGAUGCUCACCAAGGAGGGGCUGCUGGACUUCUUCCAGCAGAGGUCUCAGAGUCCCAGCAGCCCGCUGGCACGCUCCGCCAGCGCCCGCCGCCACCGCCACACCAUGACCUCCAUAGCAGACCAAGAUCUCAGAGGAUACCUGGAGCUGUUCGGAGGCGCCGGGACUCCAUCCGACUACUCAAAGUUCAACAGCCUGCCUCGGUCGGGCCGUGCCGUGCAGCGGAGGACAACCCCCUGGAUCUUAGACCAGGACGACAACCGCGAGCUAGGCUGCGACAGACAGGUGACGCCCCCGCGAGCCGAGACUGAGCCCAAGCCCCUGGCUAGGUACUCCUCCUCUGGGAUAAACAAUAACGAACCUUACAACAACAAUAACUACUCAUCCAUAUCAGAGGGCAGCGCUCUGCCUCGUCCCUUUUGUGUCUUUUCAGACGCUGCCCACCUUCCCAACCAUAUCACCGGCCACAUGAAUGUCAGUCUGGAGAAACACACUUUAGUUCGAGUUCCUCAAGCUUUUGACCUGCCUAGUCCUAACAACAACAGUAAUCAUACACACUUUGUCAACCAGGGGGAUGUCGUGGUGACUGAUUUGGAGAAGGAAAGACAGACUUUGCCCUCAAAUCUGAACCUACACCUACAUGAUAGAGUUUUAGAAAGAGGAGCAUUUCCCAAGGCAGCCUGGGGAGGAAAAAUAGAUCCUUCAACACAAGCUGGGGUCUCCCUUGAGGGAGAGAAAGAAGAGGAGGACAACAGCACAGUGUCAUCAACAACCUGUGACACGCCCCUCCCCCUGGAUAGCUCUGUAUCCAAUAAGAAACCUUUGCUUUACAUAGUAGAUUGCACAGAAACAGACUUCUCCGUCACCUCUGAUUACUCAGAGGUUGAUAGCUCGUCUCUAACGAAAGAGGGGCUUUAUUACAGGCCGCCUGACUGCAGGAGAUCUGACCAGGAGAACCAGCGAGAUAACAGCUCUUUGUCCUCUAAUUUGGAGUCCAUGUCUCCCAAAGACCAGUCAACCAAUGAGCUGUCAAGAUCUGGGGACACAGCGCCCAUGAACGUAUCUGCUACCACAGAAGAGUGGGACACAGAGAGCUGUGACACCGCAGAGGGAAAGCAAAGUGUGGAGAAAGAGACGCAGGGAGGCAGCAGAAAGCCAGUUCAAAUUAAGAGCAAAGCUAUCCAAGCGACCAGGAGCAAGAGCAGCGUGCGGACGCUGAACAGCAGCGAGAGCCAGGGCAUGAGGAAGGUCGUGCCCAUCAGCAAGCCCAGCAGCAAGAGAACAGAGAAACCUGCGGCGCACGACAGCGGAAAGUCAAUCCGGCCUCUCCGUGACCAGAGCACCCCGGCGAGGGGGCGGAGCGAGAAGACCACGAGACCUCCUCGCCACUCCAGCCUGCCUCCAGAGGAAUCAAAAACUCAGAGAGGAAGCAGCCUCACAGGCGGCGCUUUGAGGUGGGCACGAGAUCUGACUCCGAGAAAGGCCUCCAUCCACAAGCCCAGUGCCAAACCCGUGAGGAACAUCUCCAAGCCCCCUCCUGAGGAGAAGAUGUGCCGCUCCACCAUGAGAGCCCUGGCCCAGGCUCAGGCUAAAGGUGGAGCGUCCCCUGAGAACAGCUGUUGUAACACGCUUGCUAAAAACACCUCCGAUGUCCCAAACUUUGCCCGCAACACUGUAGCCUCCCAGUCUAGGACCAAGAUUGAGCUGCCGCCCCCCUCCGUCCCCUCCACCCCGUCUCGCAGCCCCUCCCUCAGGGGAAGGCAGACCCCAGUGAAGCAGAACAGGAUGUCUUCCACAGUGCACAGCAGCGAGGAGCGGACACCCGGGACCAGCCUGCGACGGGUGCAGAGUGUGAAAGCUAGCAGUCGCAGCGCCUAUCGCAGUGAGACCCCCCCUCCUCCUACUACACGUGAAGACACCCGUAAGACUAGUAUCAUUUCAGAGAAGUCCGUCCAGUAUAGAGACUCACUGACGCCGAGCAGAGGUGCUAAACCAAGCUGGAAGUAAAACAAACUGACUGCAGAUAGAAAGACUUUCUCCCCGAGUUUAAUGUAAAGGAUCUUUUGCUUCUACAGUGCAGACUUCUCCUCUCAUAUCAUGCAAAAGGCAGGAAUCAGAAAAACAUUUGAAGCUAUCUCACCUUAAGGUUCCUCCCGUAGCUUAAUCUGUAUCAGGUUUAUGAAUUGCAAAGAGCAAGAUGCAAUGAACUGCUUCCCUUUCUGAGGGGGAUUACCUAAAGUGACAAAUGGCAAAUUGGUGUGUUUACACAGGAGCCUGUUGGCCUGCUUAGCUGUCUCAGUGACUGUAUGCUGGUGUCUUUGAUGAUGUUGAACUCUACUGACUAUAUGAUGCUGCUAUUUAGCUCUGACAAUUUGAGACUGAAUUUCAGUUUCCGUUUCAUUCAGGGUUACAAGAUGUGUUGUACCUUAACUUGCUGCUGUUUUGGUGUCCUUUAGUUUGGUUGCGUCCUCCUGUAGAGUAUCGCUCCGUUUGCUUUUUGGUUUCUUUGCUUGAUACCUCAGAACGAUCGCAGUGGCCUUGCACCAGCAGAAAGAAGUAGAUGUAAUUACUCGGCUCUGCAUGAUGAAGACGUAGAUCUGAUUAAUCGGUAUAUACUGCAAUGUCACUUUUCACAAAUCCUCGGUAUAUUAAUGUUCAAUAUAUAACGUCACAGAUUAUAAGCCAGUGUAUAUCAACUGUGGUACUUGUUGUACCUCAUGUAUGUAUCUGUCCGUAGAUUGUAAAUGUGUUAGAACUCCUCCAUAUUAUCAUGGAGCAGACGUGCACGUAGGAGAUGUUUCCUGUAUGCUGUAGGCUAAUACACCGUCAACGCUAAUGCUUUGAAGGAAAGCAUUGAACACGCCUGAAACAACACUGAAGUAAUCAUCGUCAUGGGAUUAUUUGACGCUAAUGUUUCUACUGUGAAUGUAGUCAUCUCAUGUUCUCUAGGCCUUCCAACAACAACUGGUCAUAAUUUAACCCAGCCCCUGUGUGUGCCUCUCAUAUAUCACUUUUACACUCAAGUCACAGAAUUAUUGAAGCUUGUAAAAAACAUACCGGUUUUAAAGGUAUUUAUCAUAAUCUGUUAAAACAAUUCAAAUCAUGUGGAGGAAAAUAUGCAGUCCUUUUUGUAGGAUAAAAAAUGUUUUGCGGCGAUAUCCCCAGUUGUGACUAUAAACUUUGCAUGUAGCAAAUAUUACAUUUGACAUUACAUUUUAUUUUGUAUGGAAAUAAUUCAAUGUUAUUCAAUAUGGACACUCUUAACCUUUAAAAGUUAUAUAUUUUGUUUCAUGUUGAACAAAUUGAGCCUUAACGUAUAUAUUUUUUAAGCUACCCUUUUUGUUUCUUGCAAUGUUCACUUUCUAAAGUUGUGCAAAUUGUUCUUAAUCCAAAGUGGAUGGAAAUGGCGUGUUCCUUCUCAAUUUGUUCGAUGUGAUCCAAAUGAAGUUUUAUAGAAUUUAUAUUUGUCCAUAUUGAUGUUUCAUUAAAUUAGCUUUUAUUUUCAUACAAAAAACCUUAUUCAUAUGUUUCCUUGCCGGAUACCUGGAUGGCGUACCACUUAGGGGUACAUUUGUUUGUUUUUUAUCAUAUAACAAAUGUAUAUUUUUUAUUUUAAACAACCUUUUUAGCUUUUCAAAAAUUACAUUUUGAUUUCAUGCUUUAUGCUUUUUGACUUGAGUGUUAAGAGUAUAAUAGGCACAGACCUGGGCUAAACGUUUCCCUUUUGACCAUUUCACACCACUUGCCUUUCAAUCUGCAUUGUGCCAUUGCCUCACAACACCCACAACACUGCAUUGCCUUAAAGCUAAAUGUAGCCCAACAUCACCGGUAGAAACUCUUUGAUUGUAAAAGUUUUCCUUUUUCUACAUUUCAUCACACCGAGCUGUAGUGAUACACUUUGUACAUAAUGUAAAGACAUAGUAUUUUUCUGACUAUCAAUAUGUUUACAUAGUAACAAAAAAGAUGAAGGGUAUAACAUUAAAGUAUGUGAUUGCACAGCUGUUUUGAAGCGUUCCGAUCUCCUAUCAGAUGCUGACCUGCAGUGUGUUGGCAUGCUCUCGGUGUCUUCCUGUUCCUUGUGAUGCAAAUGAAGCCGAUGAUCCGAUGACACAAAAGAGCCAGUGUGACGUGCCGCUGUGUGUGUGGCCUGCAUGGAGACUCCAUCUAAACCCUUUGUAAAGUAAUGGAGGGUUUCAACUAAUGACUGCCUUCAUUAUCAAUCAACCUGACAAAUCCUUUUUAGUUAUCUAUUAAAAAGCCAGAAAACAGUGAAAACGUCCAUCAGAGAGUGCAUCCUAAAGCCCAGGGUAGGAUCUUCAAAAAGGCUUUUUUAUCAACACUCAAACAAAAGAACACAACAUACAUUUACUUCACAAUCAUGUAAAGAAUUUGAAGAAAAAUAA